GCGGCCGGGGAGCGUCACAGCGCCGGCGUCUGUCCCCGCAGUCGGACUGAAAGUUGUCUCCGCUCGGAAAAGCGGGCUGUCGGGACUCGCUGGUUUUUGCACCGACCGGGGUUUUUUCUGCAGGGGCUCUCCCCGGGUAAAGAUGAGGCGGAAGGAGAAGAGGCUGCUGCAGCUGGGCGGGCUGCUCAUCGCGGCUCUGCUGUUCCUGCCCAAUGUCGGGCUGUGGUCUCUGUACAGAGACCGAGUCUUCGACAACUCGCCCGACUCCGAGGACGCUCCGGGCGGCAUCCCCCUCCUACAGGGGGUGAAUCGAAUGGGGAAGGAUGCUCAGGUGGGACACAAUGGGGUGUGGAGGAAAGAUUGGCACGACUAUGAAGCAAUCCGAAGAGAUGCCUCGCGAUCUGGCAACGGUGAGCAGGGUAAGCCCUUCCCCCUGACGGACGCGGACAGAGUGGACCAGGCCUACAGGGAGAACGGCUUUAACAUCUACGUCAGCGACAGGAUCUCCCUCAACCGCUCCAUCCCUGACAUCCGCCAUACAAACUGUAAAAACAAGCUGUAUGCAGAAAAGCUACCAAACACCAGCAUCAUUAUCCCAUUCCAUAACGAGGGCUGGUCGUCGCUGCUCAGGACGGUCCACAGCGUUCUCAACCGCUCUCCCCCAGAGCUCAUCGCCGAGAUCAUCCUGGUGGACGACUACAGCGACAAAGAGCAUCUCAAGGUGGCACUAGAAGAGUACAUGGUGCGUCUACCGAAGGUCCGGAUCCUGAGAACUAAGAAGAGGGAGGGUCUGAUCAGGACACGCCUGUUAGGAGCCAAUGCUGCUAAAGGAGAGGUCAUCACCUUCCUGGACUCCCACUGCGAGGCCAACGUCAACUGGUUGCCUCCAUUACUGGACCGGAUCGCCCAGAACAGGAAGACCAUCGUGUGUCCGAUGAUCGACGUCAUCGACCACGACAACUUCGGCUACGAAACGCAGGCGGGCGACGCCAUGCGAGGGGCGUUCGACUGGGAAAUGUACUACAAACGCAUCCCCAUCCCUCCAGAGCUGCAGAAGGUUGAUCCCAGUGAACCCUUUGAGUCACCAGUGAUGGCAGGUGGACUCUUUGCUGUGGACAGGAAGUGGUUCUGGGAGCUGGGAGGAUACGACACGGGUCUGGAGAUCUGGGGAGGAGAACAGUACGAGAUCUCCUUCAAGGUGUGGAUGUGUGGGGGUCGCAUGGAGGACAUCCCCUGCUCACGGGUGGGACACAUCUACAGGAAGUACGUGCCCUACAAAGUGCCCGGGGGUGUCAGUCUGGCCAGGAACCUGAAGCGCGUGGCAGAGGUGUGGAUGGACGAGUACGCCGAGUACAUCUACCAGCGCCGGCCAGAGUACCGGCACCUGUCAGCGGGAGACAUGGUGGUCCAGAAGGAGCUGCGGAACCAGCUGGGCUGCAAGAACUUCAAGUGGUUCAUGAACGAGGUGGCCUGGGAUCUGCCUAAACACUACCCGCCGGUGGAGCCUCCUGCUGCUGCCUGGGGAGAGAUCCGUAACGCUGGCAAUGGCAUGUGUAUGGAGAGCAAACACUUUGUGUCCGGGAGUCCCGUCCGCCUGGAGAGCUGUGUGAAGGGACGGGGCGACGUGAGCUGGAGCCACGGCCAGGUGUUCACGUUCGGCUGGAGAGAGGACAUCCGGGUGGGAGACCCCAUGCACACCAAGAAAGUUUGUUUCGAUGCCAUUUCCCACAGCAGCCCCGUCACGCUGUACGACUGUCACGGCAUGAAGGGCAACCAGCUGUGGCGCUACAGGAAGGACAAGAGUCUCUACCACCCCAUCAGCAACAGCUGUGCGGACAGCAACCCCGGCGAGCGGCGGGUCUUCAUGAACACGUGCGACCCGUCCUCCCCGAGCCAGCAGUGGCUGUUUGAGCGGACCAACGCCACCGUGCUGGAGAACUUCAACCGCGCCGCCAACUGAGGCGCCGUGGCCUCUGAGUCGGGACUCCCGUGGCCUCCGAGCUGCUGCUUUGGGAUUUUUGGUUAUUUUUUGGGGUUUUUGUUGUCGGGAUGGAGGGGUGGGUGUUCCCACGUUUACCUGGCGCUGCUGUGACAGCCGUCUCUCAGGAGGGAACGCCAUGAGGGAAGUUAUUUAAAAGAGUCGAUCUCAUUGAUGAGUUUGAGUUCAACGGCGACUUUGUUUGAGUUGUUCUGUCACAGUCGUGCUGUGGCUCUGGGUGUUUUUACCUUCGUGAUUUUGCUUUUUUACGUGAUUGUUUGCCUUUCGUCCUUGUUCUUUUCCUUCAUUUCCGUCCCUUUAACCCCGCCCCCGCCCUCCUGGCCGUCUCUGCCUGCACGUCCGUCUCCAUCUGCCCGCAUCACUUCACCUUUGCCCGCCAUUUUUAUUCCCUCUCUUUUAAAUCCUGUCAUAUUAGGGCUGGGCGAUAUGGACCAAAAGUCAUAUCUCAAUAUUUUCUAGCUGAAUGGCGAUACUCGAUAUAUAUCAAUAUUUUUUCUGUGCCAUAAUUGGGGUUUCCCCCAAAGCAUUAUAGCAUAGCAUCUCUGUUAGCUUCAUUUUU